AUGUUUCAAAUUCCUGUUCAAAAUCUUGAUAAUAUCAGGAAGUCUCGAAAAAAGGUGAAGGGCAUUCUUGUGGAUAUUGGGCUUGACAGCUGCAGGGAGUUAUUGCAGAAUCUUAAAGGUUAUGAUCCAGGAGAAAAAUAUUUUUGCAACACUUCAUGGAGUGAUGUGUCUCCUUGGGAGUCUGUGGGCAAAAGGAAGAGAUACAGAACAAAGCCGUACUGCUGUAGCCUAUGCAAGUUCUCCUCAAAAUUUCUUACUUCAUUCAAGAAUCAUUUGCACCGUUACCAUGAAGAUGAAAUGGACCAAGAGCUGGUGGUUCCUUGCCCAAAAUGUGCAUUUGCUUCUGAUUCAAAAAUAGUGGGAAAACACAUCCGGAUGUUUCACUCUUCUAAUAGGAAAAUACAGAACUACACAGUGAGCAUUUUAGGUGGCAUGAAACAAUUCAGGAGUGACAUUAUAAACUUCACAUGUCUAAAAUGUCACUUUACAGACACACUGUACUACAAUAUGAAGAAACAUGUGCUGAUGAACCAUUUUCAAAAUUUAAUAAGCACAUAUUUUGGCCAGAGACCAGAUGAAAUUGAAGAGCAUUUUAUUGAGCACUACUGUAAGAAAUGUAAUGCUUCUGCAAACAGCCAAGAUUCUUUAAUGUAUCAUGUCUUAACAUCUGAUCUGCACAGAGAUCUGGAGAAUAAACUUAGAUCUGUGAUUUCAGAACAUAUUAAGAAACCAGGACUUGUGAAGCAAAUGCAUAUUGCUCCCAAGCCUCCCACAACUAUAGCUGCUCCAUCUUUAAUGCCUACCACUGCUCCAUCAAGCUCAGUUACUACUCCAACUUGCAUUCAACUUGCAUUUCCUCAGAAUAAUCAAAAGCAAACCAUGGUACAGGGGAAAGCAGUUCAAAACACAGUUAAACCUCUGACUGUUUCAAAUGUCUCUGGUAGCCUUACACAUACAUCUCCUGCUCCAGUUGUUACUCCACCACAUGUUACUCUUGUAUCCAGUCCGCUCCCUGUAGGUCAGAAUGUUAAUCUUCAACCGCCAGUUCCACAACCUGUCUUUGUUUCCCAUAGGGUCCCUCUUAAUCAGCCUGUCAGGCCUGGGGUUCUCCCCCUUACUCAACCUGUUGGGACCAUAAAUAGACCUGUUGCUCCUGGGGUUCUUCCACUUAGUCAACCUGUCAGGCCUGGUCUUCUUCCUGUCAAUCAGCCUAUUGGGACCAUAAAUAGUCUGGUUGCACCUGGGGCUCUCCCAAUAGCUCAGCCUGUUGGUCCUGUAAAUAGUCAUGUUGGGCCUGGAGUUCUCCCACUAACUAGACCUAUUGCACCUGGGGUUCUCCCUAUAAAUCGACCUGUUGGGAAUAUGAAUCAACCCAUUGGUCCUGGGGUUCUUCCUGUGCCCCAGACUGUUACCUCAGGGGUUCUCCAGCUUAAUCAGCCUGUUACCUCAGGGAUUCUCCCUGUAAAUCAGCCCAUCAGACCUGGAGUUUCUCAAAAUACCACUUUCCUGACUGCAGGACCUAUACUUAGACAGUUAAUUCCAACUGGUAAGCAGGUUAAUGGGAUACCUACAUAUACCCUUGCACCAGUUUCAGUUACUUUGCCUGUACCACCUGGUGGCGGGGUAGCAACUGUUACACCACCGCAAAUGCCCAUUCAGCUAAUGCAGUCUGGCACAGUAACUCAGAUAUCUCGCUCUCCAGCUAGUGCACCUUCUCCUCCUGUUGUUGUGACUUCUUCCCACAGUAUGUCUGUGCAGGCUUCUCCACCUGCUCCUGAAACAAGCCAAGCCCUCAAACAGGCUAAGCAAUGGAAGACGUGCCCUGUUUGCAAUGAGCUCUUCCCAUCAAAUGUCUAUCAGGUCCACAUGGAAGUGGCUCAUAAGCACAAUGCAGUAAAAACAGAGGAAACCCUUGAACCUGACAAGCUUGCAGUAUGUGCACCCUUUUUGAGGUGGAUGAAAGAGAAGACCGUCCGGUGUUUCUCUUGUAAAUGUUUCCUGUGUGAGGAAGAACUUAUAAAACAUCUACUGAUGCAUGGUUUAGCUUGUUUGUUCUGUACAUAUACUUUCCGUGAUCUAAAAAGCCUUGUGGAACACAAUAAGACUGUGCAUAAGGGAAAGAAGAAGUUACAUGAAGACUACAGCAACAGAGGAUUUCAACUAGAUAAUGAUGCUGAUGGUGACCUUAUAUUUCCACAUUUUGACUUCAGUACAAUGUUACCCAAAGAAGAACUUGGUGAAAAGGAAGUACACUUGGCAGUACUUGCAGGGGUAAACUCGAGGACCCUUGUACCUGUCUACAUCAAAGUGAAGCCUCAGACAGCUGAAGUGAACAGUAUGUGCAGCAAAAAGGUAUUUACGUGCCCCUUUUGUUUUGGUACUUUCAUUAGCAAAGAAGCCUAUGAAAUGCAUUUGAAAGAGAGGCAUCAUAUCAUGCCAACUGUACACACCAUUUUAAAGUCCCCUGCUUUCAAGUGCAUCCAUUGCUGUGGGGUCUACACUGGAAAUAUGACUCUGACAGCUAUUGCUGUGCAUUUGCUCCGCUGCAGAAGUGCUCCCAAAGACAGCAACUCAAGUAUGAAAGUGCCGCUUGAGCGCAAUGAGAAGAAAGAGCUAUCACUUGUGAAUGGGGAAAAGCAUGACUCUGUCUCUCAAUCUGCUAAAAGAAAACAAUCUGAUCUAUGCUCUGUUGCAGAGGACCAAAGGAAUAAAGAACAGCAGCCUCAGUCCUUAAAUACUGGCACAGCUCUAGCUCCAGAUAAAGACGUGAAUCUAGGGGUAGUGCCUGUCAAACGACAAAAGGUUGAAAGCAGGACUGAGAUGAAAGGACCUCCUUCAAGUGAGGACCUCCACAUUCUAGCAUUAGAUCCUAAACAGUAUGAACACAGUUCAUAUGAAGCUCGAAAGCAGUUUCUGGCAGAUUACUUUCACAAGAGGCCGUAUCCUACAAAAAAGGAGAUGGAAUUACUGUCCUCAAUGCUACGCGUAUGGAAAAUGGAUGUUGCAUCAUUUUUUGGAAAAAAACGACACGUGUGCCUAAAGGCGAUAAAAAAUCGCCAGCCCUCUGUGCUUCUGGGUUUCAGUAUGUCUGAACUUAAAAACGUAAAGCACAGUUUGAGUUUAAAAUAUAAACCGCAGGAUCUGUAAAAAUGCUUUAUAGUUUUAAAAAGAAUCAUAAUUGCAUACUUCUCAGUUUAGCAAUUUAUUAUUUUGGUUUAAUUUCUCUUAACUUACAAACUGACCUUUGCAGCGUUACAGUAGUACACAAAGCCUCGUUCACAUUUUUCUGUGUUAUUGAAAAAAGCAGCAGUGAUCAUAGAACUGAGGAAGGUAGAUCCUUCAAAUUUUCAGCUCCGGAAUUUGUUUUAGCUUUAUUUUUCUUUUGUGGAGUAGGUUUUUCCCUGCCUGCCCCCCUCCAUUAGGCUUUUAUACCACAUGUAUUGUCUUUCCUGAUUAAAAUUUAUUUUUUGUCAGCAAUGUCAACCUCUCCCUCAAAAAAGAAAAAAAAAGGGGGAGGGGCAUAAUGUUGGUUUAAAAUAUCAAGACAAACUAAAUGAGAAAACAGAUCGAAUUAAAAGUAUUGGUUUAAAUUUCUUUAAACUCCUAAUUUUUUUUUUUUGUCUUUUAUCCUCUAAAGAAAAUGAUUGUGGUAUUUAACUUCCUCCUCGUAACCCACCCAAAAAAGCUAGGUUUA